CUGCAAUGGUUGAAGCUGGUGAAAGUGAAUUUGGCGCCCAUGCGUCCAUCUAAGCGGGUGCCGAUGCGGCGCGAACCUGUCGUGCCUGCGACCGAGUUACAGAGGUACAAAAGGGGCUUACCUACCUACACUACAUCAAUCAGGGAUUUUUGUUUUGAAACUUCAGCACACGCAUCAAUGGAUACAGCGGCGUAGCAGACUAGUCCGAAGCCUGCUGCCUACUUGAAGCAAGUAUGUACAACCCCGGUCGCCGGUCGGGUUGGACCCUUAUUCGGUUGAAGAUGUUGGAUGUAUUCCAUCAUUGGUCAACAUUUGGUCAAAAUUUGGUCAACCAAGAGGGAGGAUACUGGGGUUUGAGACUGCUGCGGAAGCAAACGUUGAUGGCACAGCCUUCAUCGCAGUCUCAAUUUCUGCAAUAAAUAACACUCCCCUCAUUUCUUUUCUUUUGGUCCUUAUCUUUGUCUAAAUAAUAUCUUGUUAUUAUACUGCUUUCUAUUCACUUGCCCAGAACUCCUCUUAUCCAGAAAACUAUCGCGAAACACAGCUAUAGUUGGGGAAUCGUGUCUUUUGAUCGUACAGCCUCCUGAAGAAUGGAGCAACACAUCAAAGAUGCAAUAGAACAGGGGAAGGAAAUCAGCGGGGUCUUGGCCGAUGCUCUCCAGCGGACUUUAGCAGACCAUGAUAGGCCUAAUCUUCAGCGUAUUUUGAAACUCGCUGAAGAACUUCGUCAUUACCAGUCUCCUGUUGAAUUCACAAUAGGUUUGAUUGGCGAUUCAGGUGUCGGUGAGUGAAAUGUCGAAUAUCGAGAUGCACACACUCACUCAUGCUCUUUAAGGGAAAAGUAGCUUGAUCAAUUGCCUUUUAGGGUCGAAGAACCUUGCGAAAACUGUAAGUGACAGAGUAUUGAAACAAAAGGGAAAGCGACACAUCCAAUUUCACCUUUGAGGUGGAAUGUAUGGGAAAUCUGGAGAUGGAAGAUCUGCUACGACAAAGUGUCCUGGACUACGUCCGAUAUCAUCUAUUGGACACCGCCGACGAAAGACCAGACUCAAGCGAAAUGGAAAGAUUAAAGAAAAAGGCGGACACGGCAUGGGGUAUACUGAGUGGCGCAUUUGAAAACCUGGAAGAAUGCCGGGAAUCAUUCUUUCAGGAUCGAGAGCGCAAUACUGAUGACCUGAUAAGAACUGUUUUAGAUUGGAGAGGAGAAAGACAGUGGCCACGGGGGUUUAACGAAAACACGGUUGUUCAUACUUCAGAUAACGAAGAGGAUUGUACCAGAUGGAGAGAUGAGUUCCUGGUCAGCUGGAUAUGGCCCUUUAUUAAAGUGAUACGGUACGCAGUUUCUCACAAUUAUUCGUCAUUAAUCAGAAAAAUGAUUCGAUCACUUGCUCAAGAGGCAAAGACGCAGUCACUUCACAAAUUACACUUGCCAAAGUCCCGCAUCUCAUAGACAUGCUCCUCACAGAAAUUAUACAAGAAGUAUCUCUACUUCAGGAAUUUAGCUGACUUCAUACUCAGGGUUUAUUGCAAAGGGUCUGUAUUAGAAAACGGCAUUGUACUUGUCGAUCUUCCUUGUAAGAUCUCUGAAUCCAUCUAACGCACGUGAAUACUAAUAAGCUAAUCAGGGUUUCGUGACGUAAAUACCGCAAGAAUGAGAAUUGCUGAGAUGAGAUUGAAACAUUGUGAUGAAAUCUUUCUGGUCACGGAACUGGACCGCGCAAUAACAAAUCAAGAUGUUCAAAAUAUCUUGCUUAGACAACUAGGAAGGGACUUUAACAGCCUCCAAAGAAGACAGGGGGCAGCGAUAAUUUGCACUAAAGCAGAAGUGGACUGUGACUUAUUUCUCUCUUUCUAUUUCGCCGAAAAUGCUAAAGGUUGUAGGACUUGGUGCGAACAACGGAGAUACUGAAUGUUGUACCACAUUCAGCAGCUUUUACCAGGGAAAUCAAUACCCUUCGUGAAAAAAUAAGAGGAGCAGAUGAGGAUGACAUUGCUGCAACAAGCGAUAAGCACAAGGCCGAGUAUCACAGCACCAUUCCCACUUCACGAUUUUCCUAACAAGUUUCCAGAUUGAACCACCUUCUCAUGUCCUGUCGAAACAAACAUGUCGAAGAAUCCUUUCGGGCUCGUUACCGGUCUCAAAAAUUACAGCGAAAGAUUAGUAUCUUCUGUGUUUCUAACACUCUUUAUCAGAGGGGAAUUGAUUUGCAAGAACGUACCGAACGAGCUCAGCGACGCAACCAACGGCUUUCGAAUAUCGGCGCGAGAACUUCAGCAGCAAAACAAAAGCUAGACAGCUCCGGCAUCCCUGCUGUAUACGAAUUUAUCAGUAGAAUUCCUUCCAACUCUCAAACCGAAGAAACUAAGCACUACCUAAAUGCCCGAGUAUUAACUUUGAUCCAGCAAAUUGGACUGUGGCUCAAUGCAAGAGUCGCCGGGGAAGAAGCAAUCGAGCCUGGAGCCUCAGGACGAAUCAAUGAAAUACAAACAGAACUUCGAGGGGUGAGUAUUAUUCAUUUUUGGGUCCAGAGAGGUGCUGAUUACAUCCAGAUCUUUGAUACCUCCGUUAGAGUGAGCCACGACCAGUUGACCCAAGCAAAACAUCAAAUGCUCGUCCGACCACUCAGUCUGAACCCCUUUAUAAUGAAGUCUUCUGCUCAACUAAUCAAGUCCUAGCCCAAGGAACAAAUAGAUGGGGCACAGCUGCGCUUUCUACGGUCCAAACAAUGUUUGAGAGUAUACCACGCCAAGUAAGUCGCCAAAUAUAAAUCGCCCAAGGCAUUGCUGAUCAACAUGAUAGUGGCAUCCUGGUAUCUAUUCGUGACAUUAUAUUCAUCCUAAUAUAUAGUUCUAACAGUUUAUAGCGACAUUCCUGGAUUUUUGGAACAAUGACGGAGCCCAUUUCACAAACAGUCGGCCAUAUACAGACUGGAAUGAAAUCAUCAUAAGAGCGAUGGUAGAGGAUAUACAACCAUCAGAAAAAGAGUUCCUGGACGAAAGUCAAAAGAUUCUUGAUACCUUCAAGCGUUCAACUCAUAGUGGGCUAACUCUCAUACGACCGAAGCUAGCUCGUACGUCGUUCAUAACCCAUCCUUAUUUGCAAGUUAUGAUUAACAGAAUUAGAACUGCAACGUAUAGAUGAUUUCAUUCUCACCUUUCCCCGAAGGCAUCAAACUCUGGAAUAUGAAAUUGAGGCCAUCACAACAUCAUACUUGAAGCAACUUCAGUACGUCUCAAAAGUCCUUUUACCAUUACCAAGUCACAAAAGCUAAAGGAAGUUUCACUAGAACAAUAUCUCAUGACCUCUUGAAGAGCCACUCGUCAUCCUUUGUGAUGCAGCGGAUGCAACCCAUGUAUAAUGAAAUAGAUUCCGGAAAUGGAGUAACCAAAAGACGUACCGAGCGUUUGAAGAGGCAGAUUUCGGGCGACCCAAAGCUUUUCAAAGUGAUCACACGUUUGUUCCUCGCCGCACUUGAAGCUCUGCUUGGCGAUGUCACCACAAAACUCCAGCAAGCCGUCAACAAUUGCUCAGCUGAAAUUGAGAAUGACCUCAAUCUCGUGAGAGGCGAGGAGGUUCCAGCUGUUCAAGAGAAUGAUUUGAGAGUUCUGUGCACGGUUUGGGAGGAGGCAAGUGCGAAUAGAGAAAUAGCUGCAGAAGCUUUGGAAGAAGCGACUAGAGCGCAAGCAUAGUAGAUUUGGGUUGGAUCUUUGGCUUCAGCCUUUCCUUUGUUAUUUUUUACUUCUUCUAGACACCAUGAAACACUGAUAAUUUAUUUCAGACACGGCAAUUGACAGAAAAUAUCAGUAAGCGCGCCUACGUUAUUGGUACUUCGUAAGCUAGUUUUGAGCGAUUUUGGUUGUAGCAGAA